AUGACGGACACGCGGAAUCUGUGGGGGGGGCAACAUUCACCCUCCAUUCCUUGUGUUCCUUCCCCGCCCAGGAAGUCAACCGGCCAAGCACUGGCAUUGCGUGCCUCUCACUGCAGCACCACACUACAUCCCGCACACCCUCCCCAACAUGUCGAGGCGGCGCACGCAAGUAGCGACACUGGCAGCAGGCGGCGACGGGGCAGACUUGCACAUGGACACGCUCGAGUGCAGCACCGAGCGGGUGGAGGAGCUCGACGAGUCGCUCACGGUGCUCAACUACGACGGGCGCAAGUGGCUCAUUGGGGUGCAGGUGGCAGCGGCCCUCAACCGGGAGACCUUCAACAUGUAUCGCAGCAUGAAGGUCAAGGGCGUCGACCUCACGCGCGCCGCGCCUGCGCACGUCGAGUGGCUCAUCCGACAGGGCGUCGUCAAGGGCGGCACCCACUCGGUCACCCUCAUCCCCUACGACACCGGCCUCUCCUUCAUAAACUCCGUGGUCAGCGCAGGGAUCGUGACCACACCGUCGCCGUCGUCGCGCAAGGCGAAGAAGCCGUCGAGCGGGGGCAUCGAUGGCCUCACCACCACCACCACCACCGACAGCGGUACCAAGCGGGCGCGCGAUUCCGUGAACACGCUCCUGCAGCAGCUGACGCCCACCUCCGAGCGCCUGGCGGCCAACGCGGCCACCAAGAAGCUGCGCGCGGUGGGCGGCGACGCGGCCCUCUCCUUCCUCGAGGAGGAGGACAGCGACGACUUCAGCGACGACGUGGUGCAGCCCUCCAAGCGCCGACGCGCCUCGGCCGCCACGCGGAGAGACCCCUCGGGUUCUUCGAUCAACAAGCGUCCGUCGCCGCGCCGCUCGCGCACCACCGAUACGGUGACGCGCAAGGAGGCCUCCUUGCCCGAGGUCAGCGGCGUCCCCCGAGGUCCGCGGCACAUCAACCGACGAAAGCUGCCGUCCUGGCAAGUUGUGCGAGCCAUCCAGCCGGAGGACUGCGUGCCCUUCAAGUUCAGGAAGAGGCCUGCUGCUGCUGCUCCUCAGGGAAUGGACGUUGUUGGCGCGGGAGGCCUCCUGGACGAGGAGCCCGGCCUCGCGGCCACCCUGCUCCACUCCCUCAUGCGGGCCAUCGCAUGAGAUGA